AACAACAUUAGAACUGUCAUCAACACGAUCGUUUGGCUGAAUGGUAAAUGGUUCUAGGAAAAAAAAGGAAGCAACAAGCAGCAAAGGAAAAUGGACGCGUGCGCAGCUUUUCCUCGUAGUGCAUCUGAUGGAGUGCGGAACACACUUCAAAUCCGCCGGUUUUGGAACCAGAAUCGAUUCGGUGGCCUAUUAUGUCACGAACCAUAAAUUUGCCCAUUGAAGCCAUCCCCUAUUUGCAUAUUGUUGUUCUUGAUUUUAUCAACCAAUCAUGCAGCUUGUUCGCUCUGCUGGGAACAUCUCCUCCAAUGUAUCUAUCCACCGAACGUGCCGCAAUACAAGAUAACCGCCUCGGUUCGUUUCGUUCUCUGCCCUCUCCCCUGCAGGCUUAUCUUAUCAGACAACGACUGUCUCGCGUAAGACCGCAAAUAAUUAAAUCGGUACUAGCCAUUGUCACACUCCACGAGCGUUUUUACCGCAAAAAAAAACCGGCACCGCUUCUCCGGGUGUUAAAAGAACGAUAAAUUGCGCUUUGAUCGCUAGUAGCAGCCCGAUGAGUACUGCUAAUACUGCUGCUACUACCAAUACCACCACCACCACCGCCGCGGAAUCAACUAUGAUGGCCACAACAAAUUCCAUCACGGAAAACGUAGUACACGAGGAAGGUCUUCACACGAAGCUGGACCGCAUCUUUAGCACUCCUUCAGCACCGGGAGUUGCUUACUCACUGGAAAUAGCUGCCAAGGAUGACUUCGAUGUUGGAUUGCUGGAACGCUUAGUACCUCAGCCUGUCUUCUGUUCCCUUCCCUGGAUUUCGGACGAUAAUCUUCGCUACUCCGAUGACUUCCUGCGCGCACCGACCAUGCAGCUAUCCGCACAGCUGCGCUCGGCACACUACACCGUCGUGAAUCAUGUGUCCUGCUACAACAUAACGGAGCACCAGGUGGACGGGCUGCUGGCGUCCGGUGUGCAGAAUCUGUUCGUCGUUCGUGGCGAUACCGUACAGGAGGAACAGAAAUUUCAACACUCCGCCAGUUUGGUGCACUAUCUGCGGAAGCGACAGCAGGAGAGCACCCUCCCUCCUAGGCUCACGAUCGGAGUCGGUGGCUAUCCGUACGGUCACCAUCAAUCAUCUUCCCAGGCGCAAGAGUUGGCGUAUCUAAGGGAAAAGAUAGACCACGGUGUAGACUUCCUGCUGACGCAAACGUUAUACGAUGCCGGAUCCUUCUUUCGCUGCCGGGAUCGGUGCAGACAGGCCGGGAUCACCAUCCCCAUCAUCCCGGGUAUUUAUCUUCCUCACUCCUACCGACAUCUUCAGGUCAUGCUGAGGCUGACACGCAUCACGCUUACGCCGGAAGUAGAUGCCGCAUUCGCCGCACACGCGGACGAUCCUCCGGAACAGUUUGAAGCAUUCGUUCUGGACCAUUUCGCUGGAGUGUUGCGCGAACUGCUGGAACCGAAUCGAACGUCGUCGGCUGAUGCGAUAAAGCUGGUGCACUUUUUCUCGUUCAACAAGUUCCCGCUGAUCCAAAAGAUGCUUCAAAAGUUGGAUGAUUUUUUUCUCCAAUGAUGCGUCGUGAUCUGGAACCAGAGAGAGAGAGAGAGAGAGAGAGAGAGAGAGAGAGAGAGAAAGAGAGAACUGUGUUGUGAUUAUUAACCUCUUCAAUAAAUUAAAACCCCUUUUUCGUUGUGAUCAUUUCUUCCGGUGUAUUGCCUUCGGAGCAGAGUCGAUUUUCUUGCGUAGUUUCUUUAUUCAUUCCAUAUAUUUCUUUAUUUUUCUCGUACAAAUAGGAUGAUGAUUGAUGGUGGAUUUUUUGUUUGUCUUCAUAGUUUUGUUCACUAAAGAAUACACAGUUUCUUCCCCCCGGCACUGGCGGGUCUCACGCUGGCGCCGCUCCUUUUUUCCCACUUUUUACUUUCACCUUUCUUUCUCAUAAUGCCCUUCUCGUCCACUCUUUUUUUUUUUUUGUUCCAAUUACUCGCUCCAUUCACUUGGCGCUUGUCCAAUUCCAAUUUACACAUUCUUUUCGUGGCGUUCAAUUUUCACUUUAACUAACUUUGACCUGAGGGAUACUUUAGCGUUCCGGACAAGGGAUACGGGAUCAAUAAAAAGGCUGUGGAAACAUUGACAGCGUCCUCUUUGUGGUUUUUGUGAGCGGUGUGUGGCUCCUACCUUUUUUUUUUAAUAGUUUUAUCCUCAGCCAGCUUUACGGACUUUCUUCGUUUUGGUCUAUUAAAAUUUUCAAAAACUUGUCAACGAUUUUUUUUGAUAUUCUAAAAUAGUUUAACUUCCUGCCCUUGAACGCGUGUGAGUGUGUGUGUUUUUCCUAUAUUUACCUCAUCUGAUUUUUCCUUUCGUUUUCGUUUUGUUUAGGAGUACACACCACCACGUAAGUAUUUUAAACAAGUGCAAAUAAUCUGUUUUGUUUUUGGGGUUUUGGGUUUUGUUUUGGGGUUUGCUAAACGUUAACGAGAAUGUGUCUUCGCCGCCUAUUUUGUUUUGUUUGCUUCUUCCAUUACUUCCGUUUUUGCCAUAUAGUGUUUGCGUGAGGGGGUUUUGCAAUUGCCACAUUACUUUCGCUGCUACAGGUACCCUACACGUCACGUCUACACGCAAACAGUAUUUGGAUAAAAACCAGCGCGACCCACGAAAAGUGCCAAGAAAUGUCGGUCCGGAUUUACGCAAAAGGGAUGCUGGAUUCGGAGGUUCCAGAAGGGCUUAUCGAUCGCUCUUGACUAAUGUACGCAUCGCUCUUUGGGACGCUUGCACCAAAGCUAAUGGAUGAGAAGGGAAAUGCAAUAAAUAUGAGCCGCCCCGGUGUCUCUUACUGUGCCACCACACACACACGCACACACAAUAAAUAGUAGAACAUGAAACGAGUUACUGUGCCGCCUUUUUUCAUGCUCUCCGUACCCAACUGGUGAGGUGUUUUACGUACAAGAGCGAUCCAUAAACCUAUUUUUAACGCUUACAAUCUCCUGUGGCUGAUUCUUCUUGGCCUCUUGCUAUCUUUUCUCGUACCAACAUUAAUUACCCUUUAUGUCUAAUCGGCGUUUGGUGUACUUUUGGCCAACCUUAUCUGUGAAGUGAAGUCAAAACGGAUGGCUCCUCCUUUCUGACUUACAUUUCACAUGCCAAAAUGCUUAAAUCAAAAUGUGUUUCCGUACAGAUCGAUCCGAUUUGCGCGUGUGUGUGCCUUUUUUUGUUGUUUUGCGUGAUCUUCAUUCGCGUUUCUUCAUAUACUGGAAAAAAUGUAUUUUUUUCUUCUUCUCUGUGUGUUGCCAGUUGUCCUCUCUAUUGUGGGUUUAGUGAUGUGUGCAAAGGUUGGUCGAAAAUGUUUCUUAUUUACCCUUUUUGUUUUGCUUCUAUGAAUCAUUUCCUCGGGUGUGAAGGUUGUUACUAUUGGUUAAAUGUAUGUUGUUGUUGCUGUUGUUGCUGGGGGUUGGUACGAUAAUGCUUGAUUGAAUAGCGAAAAAAUACAUUAUUUCUUACAGUUAGAUACGUUGCAUACGAACACUAGCAGAAACACACUUAAGUUUAAAAGGUGUACACAGUGCAGGCGCCAUGUGCCAGCGCCCCUGAGACAUGAUCGUUUGCUCUUCAUAUCCUUCGACCCGUCGUCUCAGCUCGCAUUUCUCACGCACACCCGUUGUACACCUUGUUAAAGCACGUUCAAGCACUCAAUACCAAUGCAUGUCCAACUGCUGACCGAGUUGCGACCGAGUUGAAUAUUGAACGCGAACGCUAUACACGCGGUUCACGCGUCAGAAUAUAGUAAAAUCUCGAUCGCCCAUCCACA